AUGAAUUCCGUGAGUAUAAUAUCAUUGCAAUAAAAUUAUAAUAACCGAUUAAAAUGACGAAACACCCGAACCGUGUUCGCACGUUGUACGCGAACGUGCGUUUAGGACAAGAAAACGGACGACUGCAAGUGCUACGGCACCGACAAAUGCGACGCCAAGGCGGGAGAGCCGAAAACGCCGCCGAAAAAACAGUGUUGCCCUUGUCCGUGUCCCGUUGAAAAAUGCAGCGUCACCUUACGGGCGGUAGAGCAACUGGUCGAGGCCGAAAACAAAGACAUCGAACUGGCCGAGCUCUUGAACGGCAUCACGGUGCUGGACGAGCACCGGCCGAAAUCGAACAUAGUCAACCAUUACGACGCCACGUCCAAGAGUACCAGGGUGGAUCCCGUAAGCCGUUUACCGAUAACGAUAACCACGCGAAUAUAAAACACCGUACGGGGCGGGGCGGGUUCCGGUUCUCCGGUCGUUUAAGAACCGAGCAUAUGGGAACCGAUCAUUCAACCGUGCGAAUUGUCGGUUCCGUCGAUUCGCGCCCAACCCGUUUAGUUAUUUUAAUCGCGUCCUCGAGGGUCGAAAAAAAAAAAAAAAUUAUACGAUUUUCGAAAACGUAUCUGUAACCACGGGUCGUAUCGAUUCUUCACUGUAAGCCAAUAAAGGUCAUUUAAUUUCGUUCGCGCGCUGAAAAUAAGACGAACCGGUACCGCGUGAGAACCGGCAGCGAUAAUGGAAUUUCGCAGGAACCGGGACCCCCCACCCGCCUUACACGUCCGUCGUGGUCUCCGAUAAAAAAAUUGUCGGUAAAACGCGCGUUGUUGUCAUCCAGGAAAAAUCCGUGGACCCGGAAUACCUGGCGUUCAUGAUGAAAUCGAUACAGAACGGCCUGAGCAUGAAGAGCGAUCCGAUCGAAAUGUACGAACAUCUGUUUUCCAGGGGUAAUAUGGACGCUCCGCUCGUGUCGCUCGGCCCCGCCGCGGCAAUGUCCAACGAAGUGAGUGCAACGCAGUAAAGUAAAGGUCUUGUAAAGUGUUCGAAUAAAUGUAUUUCGCAAUGUUCCGAUACGUUAGAAAAAAAAAAGGGAAAUAUUCGAAUACGCAAUAGUACGAACACGUUUCGUUUGUAUAUAAUUGUAUAAUUCGGCGAGAAAAAACGCCCGAAACCCUAAAUGUCUGGUAUAUUUCGAACGUUAACAAAAAGCGAAGUGAAAUAGACGACCCCGUCAACAGUCUCGCGGCUCGCGGGUCGCGGAACACUGUCGGGAAAUAGGUCUUUUGUUGCCCUUCAUAUAAUCCCAGACAAUUGGAAAAUUUGCACUAUCGUUUAUUGUUUAUUUGGAAAAAAAUUUUUUUUUUUUUUGUAUAACGUACGCGUAAAAAACAUUUCUGUUAUCGUCGUGCAAAAAAUCACAUUUGUUUUUAUCGAGAAAAAAUAAAAAGCGUCUGUGACGAGAAACCGAUUAAAAUAUAGUAUGCGAAAAUUAUUCAAAUAUAUUAUGAAAUACUCGAACACGUAUUACGCGUAUAAUUUUUAAAACUUACUUUUACACGUAUUCCAAAUAUUAAUACGAAAUGAAUGUGUUCUUUACAAGACCUGACUUAUCCUGUUAUUAUAAUUAGGACGGCGUAUAUUUAUACGCUUUCGAUUGAUUUUAUCGCUCGAUCAAAUAUACAUCGCGUGUAUACAGCGCGUUAACAUUGCGCUCAUUACUCUGUUAGCGUUUUCAUUUUCGUUUUUCAAUCGGGUUUCGCGCGAUGGGAAUGUGUGUACGUGGAAAAAAUUAAAUUUUGAUUUUCAUCCCUCGAUCAUCGAAAUAAAAAAAAAAUAAAUAACUUUGUAAUUUUCCCGUUUUCUAUCAUUUAUGCUUCCGCCGUGAUCGCGAAACGUUUGAUCGGACACGAACGCAUGUUACGUUAACAUUUUCGGAACAAUAUAAUUUACAAAAAUUUUGAUACGCGAUAAAACAUAACACUUUACAGAUGUGUGUGUGUGUGUGUGUCCCUGACCGAAAGAAAAACGAAAAAGAAAAAAAAAAAAAAAUAAAUAAUAUUGACAGAAUUCUUAGCAUAUAUGGACAAUACCGUAGGACACCGUGCCCGUGCGUUACACCGAAACGCGUUUCGUAAUAUUUUGCAUAUUUCGCCGUUCGGGAUUUUCGAGAAUAUUUUUUUUUAAGAAUUCCGUAUGUUAUUAACACGGUUUCCCCGGAGUGUAUUUCAAAAAUUUCAGCGAAAACCUGCAGCGCGCAGUAUCGAAUUGUAGUUGAACGCCUUCAGGGCGUAUCGGCCGUGAGAUCGGCCGUGACAACCCGUCGGGUUCGACAGUACGGUUGUUAUGCGAGGGGGAAAAAAAAAAAAAAAAAAACGAAAAUCACGCGUGUUCUUUUGUCGGUUUUCGCGCAGAACUUGAUCGUUCCGUUGUCGUCGCCGACCGUCGUGNUACGCGAUAAAACAUAACACUUUACAGAUGUGUGUGUGUGUGUGUGUCCCUGACCGAAAGAAAAACGAAAAAAAAAAAAAAAAAACGAAAAUCACGCGUGUUCUUUUGUCGGUUUUCGCGCAGAACUUGAUCGUUCCGUUGUCGUCGCCGACCGUCGUGAACGUCUUGGACCCGGAACUGGAAAAAGGCGCCCGCCUGGACACCAUUAUGCCCAGGAUCAACGUGGCCGUGGGCGAAGCGCCGAAGAUCGACGCCGCGGACGAUCUGCGCGUGCUGCUGGGCGGCAGUCCGGCGGACGGACAACCGUUCUCCGUGGCCGGCGACAAUGUCCCCGAAUCCAGAGAAAUGGCGCUGGAGACGCGGGAACCGCUGCAGUCGACCGCCGUGCUCAGGGGUUCGACGCCUCCCGAAUGGUUCCCGGGAUACAACGUGGCGCUGCCGAACACCGGGCACCCGGCCAAGCAGACCGAUCCGGAGACCGUUCUGGAACAGGCGUGGGUCCACAGCCAGCCGCUGUCGUUGAAUUUGGAAAGCAAGAGCGCCAAACUCAUCGGGUCGUAA